UUGCAUUGCUGUUGGAUUUUUCUCAAAUUUUGUGCAAUUUAAGAGUGAUUUUAUAGUUCUAUCUGUACCAAAUCGUCGAACUGAACUGCCACCGUUGAAAUCCAACCGAAAAUGGGUAAGGGUAAAGCGGAAGCUGGUACUCCAAAGUACCUGGCCAACAAGAUGAAGGCCAAGGGUCUCCAGAAGCUGCGCUGGUACUGCCAAAUGUGUGAGAAACAGUGUCGCGAUGAGAACGGAUUUAAGUGCCACACGAUGAGCGAGUCCCACCAGCGGCAGAUUUUACUGUUCGCCGGUAAUGCUGGCCGGUUCAUCGAUAGCUUCUCAUCGGAAUUUAUGACCGGGUAUUUGCAAAUCCUCCGUAGGCAGUUUGGCACCAGACGAGUAGCGGCCAACAAGGUCUAUCAGGAGUACAUUUCCGAUAGGCAUCAUUUGCAUAUGAACUCUACCAAGUGGCAUUCGUUGUCGGAGUUUGUGAAAUUUCUUGGACGCAAUGGACACUGCGUGGCGGACGAAACGGAGAAGGGUUGGUUCAUCACGUACAUUGAUCGGGAUCCGGAAACGCUGGCUAUGCAGGAGAAGGUGGCUAAGAAACAGAAAAUGGAUAAGGACGACGAAGAGCGUUUGGCGGAGUUUAUUGAAGAACAGGUUCGACGAGGUCAUAAGGAGGAAGAACCGAGCACAUCCUACUCUGGACUGAAGCGCGAAAAUGAAGAGGAAACCAUCAAGCUGGACAUGAAGCUUGGAGCCAUCUUGAAAGCGGAAAGUAAACCUAUCAAAUUGGAAAAACGGCCACUUGAGCUAUCGGAUGAAUUUAAAAAGGAGAAAAAGUACAAACCUGGUUCCUCGAGUGGAUCGAAAAAACCUUCGGUCCUGGAGGAGAUGAUUCGAGAGGAAGAGAUAAAGAAAGAAAAGAGCAAUCGUAAGGAUUAUUGGUUGGCAGAGGGGAUCGUCGUAAAAUUGGUUUCCAAGUCCCUCGGAGAAAAGUACUACAAAGAAAAGGGUGUAGUUCUAGAUGUGAUAGACAAGUACAGGGCCAAGAUCAAGCUUCUCGAGACCGGAGACAAGCUGAAAGUAGAUCAGGCCCAUCUGGAGACGGUAAUACCAGCGAUCUCGAAACAGGUACUGGUGCUGAACGGUGGCUAUCGAGGAAAUAUCGCCACUCUUAAAGAAAUCGACACCGACAGUUACUGCGUAACGAUCGAAAUUGCGUCCGGUCCUCUGAAAGGCCGAAUCGUCAACAAUGUACAGUACGAAGAUGUAAGUAAGUUGUUUUAAGUGCGCUACCGAUAAGUGGAUUUAGGUUAGUAAAAUAAAAACUAUGUAACAAA